GCGUCCAGUUGUAGAUUGCGAUCUAAGGGCGCUUAAGGUAACUCGACACUCCGUUGCUGAAUGGAAUCGGCGAAGAGGCCACCGUCUUGCUAACACGUCCAUAGGUUGUUGAUACCUUAAUCAAUAGGAUAGAUCCGAUAAUUUUGUCACAGGAUUUAACAAUUUUGUCAUGCUCGGAAUUGAAGGAGUUGGAUUGUUGGGGACAAUUUUAGAAUUUUGAAGGUCAGUUGGACAGAGUUCUGAAAUGAUAUAAUAAGAUGGGCAGUUGUACAAUAGUGAGAGCAAUCGUUGUCCGACUCCUGUUCGCCUGCCACGGCUUAGUUUCAAUAUGGCUGCUGAACAAAGUGACGCAAGAGUCUCGUUUCUGGUACCUGGCAACCUCUUUUGGGUUUCUGUUGGUUGAAACAACAAUCACGCUGGUCAGGAAGCAAGGGAAAGAAUGGAAGUGGUUCUGUCCUAGUGUUCUUAUUUACCUGACUAUGACAGUGCCAGCUAUAUGGUUUUUGGAGCUACAUGAAUUAGAAAAGCGCAUAGAUAACCGGAUGUACUCUCUUUUAAACAUGAGCAACAGUAGUUUACAUAUUGUUGAAAUCCAUAAUGAAACAUACGACCUCUCUGCACAUCUUGGCAGCGUAUUAGGGGUCAAAUUUGAGAUCCGCCUUCCGAUCAACCUUAGCCCGGACGAGUGGAUCCGCACUCUGGAACAGCUUUUAUUGUUGCUGUUGAUUCUGGGUCGAUGGAUGUUGCCGAAGGGCAAACUAACGCAUGACCAGUUGUCACAGUUACUGCUGGUAUACAUAGGAACGGCUGCCGACAUUGUAGAAUUCUUUGAGGCUUUUAAAGAAGAAGAGGUACGCUUUAACAAAUUGCUAUGCAUAUCCAUCCUUGGUCUUUGGAGCCUGAGUUUGAUUCAGUUCACCCUCGUUCUGACAGCAGCACGUGCACGGCGUGACCAGUCCGGUCUAGUUUCCCGCCAUUACAACGUCAAGCAGCGCAAAUACGGAUGCUGCGCCGCAGACGUGUAUGGGAUUCUCAUAUCAAUUGUCCUUCAAGAUUUACCGUUCCUGGUUCUUCGGCUACUGUUAAUCUUCAAAUUCAAUGUCCUUAGUUACACCAAUAUGUUUUUCACCUCCAAGAACACGUUAGUGAUUUUGCUUUUAGUUUAUCGAUUGGUGGUUGUAUUUAUUGAACGUCGGUCCGAGGGAAUACAACAAAAAUAUAACAAUCUGAAAUCAAAAUCGGACCAUUCCCGCCCCGUAAUGUCGUCCAAAUAUAACGGUCCUGGAAUUCCCCGCUCCAAACCCUGCAAUGGGAACGUAACAACGGGCGAGAAAGCUAGCUUGGUACAAAUGGAUGUUUGCCUUGAUGUCCAGCCUUCUGUGUAUAAACUUAGUCAGGAAAAAAACAAUUAUGGUCGAAAUUAUAAUGGAAACAAAAAGCCAGAAAGUCGUUUCUGAGAAUUAAUCUCAGCCAUUUUAAGCCAUGAUAAUAUUAACCUGUAUUUACAGUAAAACUUGAUUAUCAGGAAAUUGUUUACAUGUAUAUUGAAAGACCUCUUAAUUUAUAAGUAGGAAUGAUCUAAACAUUUCCUUUGUGGCAGAGUUUGCUCUUGCGAU